AUGGAUGAAGUCAAGUGGGACAUAGCAGCAGCGAUGCUAGUCGCUGGCGAAAACAAGUCUGAUUAUGCUGGUGGAGAGGGUCUCUAUCUAGUACCCGCGGGGUCGCCUGGGGAAGGCUUCCCUACUCAAACUCUGAAUGAUGCACCGAGUUCCGCUGCUGCCCAAACCUAUUCGUUGCCUCACAAGACCACGAUCCAUUUUACUCUUGGGGCCUAUCAUCGGUGGGCUUGUGGUGGAAUUACCCCGCUCGCCUUAGCAGCUGUGGUGCUCAUCGUGACCCCCCUCCGAACUGUCACGCAGAUACUCACUCCCAUAGUAACAUACGACACCCCGUACACUGGCGAACAUUACAACAAAUUCAUAGUCAUGGCGCACACCGCGGCUGUGCCAUACACCCCGGAACCUGCUGUGGUUGCCGUGUCGGACUAA